UGGGCCGUGCUUUUCUGCGGGAUGUGUGCGGCAGCCGGCGCGCGGGUGAGGCCCGCAGAGUGACGGAACCGUGCAUUUCAGGUUGUUGUGUUGCUGGUUAAUAAAUAGUCUUCCAUAUCUGUGCUCCAUGAUCUGAGGCUUGGGAGAGCGGACACAUUUGACAUGAAGAUGGAGGCAGUUGGGAAAUGUGAAGAACUUUUAGAGUCUGAAGUGCCUCCUCGGGUCACUCAAAAGGUGGAUACACAGGCUGAUGGGAGUACGCUAGAGCUUGAGACUCCUUGUUUAAAAGAUGGUGUUCAGGAUGUUCCAGACUCUUCCGGGCUUUCCUCAAUGCCUUGUUUGCUGAUGGAAUUAAGAAGAGACUCUUCCGAAUCUCAGUUAGCCUCUGCUGAAAGUGACAAACAAACAGCUGGCAGAGUAUAUGAAAGUGACUCUUCAAACCACUGUAUGCUCUCUCCUUCCUCUAGUGGACAUUUGGCCGACUCAGAUACAUUGUCUUCCGCUGAAGAAAAUGAGCCACGCCGCACAGAAGCAAUAACAGAAGGCUGUGAUGCGGCUGUUCAAGGUGUUUCAGUAGCUCGAAAAUCCAGAAGGUCUCGAUCAGAGAGUGAAACAUCAACUAUGGCUGCUAAGAAGAACCGUCAGUCAAGUGACAAGCAAAACGGCAGAGUCACCAAGGUCAAAGGACAUAGAAGCCAAAAGCACAAAGAGAGAAUACGGCUUUUGAGACAGAAGAGAGAGGCAGCAGCACGCAAGAAAUACAACUUGUUGCAGGACAGUAGCACUAGCGACAGUGACCUCACCUGUGACUCUAGUACAAGCUCUUCAGACGAGGACGAAGUUUCAGGGAGCAGUAAGACAAUCACAGCCGAAUUACCAGCUGGCUUCAGUCGUGCUGGGGGAUCUACAGGAGCGACCAGGGAUAUUCCAGGAUUGCUUGAAAGGGGCACCGUGUGGGAUAGAAACUGCAUAGGAAAUGUCCUAGAAGAAGCCAUGAACUGUUUUGCAGAGAUGCAGAGGCAGACUGAAGAGAAGUUCCGUAUGUGGAUAGAGAAGCUGACGCGACUUGACACAGAUGAAGAAGGCAAGCAACAGUUGGAUCCCAGAGAACCUAAACUUCAGUUAAGUGGCCAAAGAAUUUCUCCAAGCAGCCCAACGGGCACCUUCAUGGGCGUCCCAGAGAGCCCUGUCUUACCACAGCAGUCCUUUGGCUCAUAUGUGAGCUAUCAGAAUGUUGACACAUUAGAGUUCCCACAAUCUUUGAACAACAACUUUCCUGACACUUUUCCGGAAAAUGGUAAUAUAGCAGAACAGGAAUUAAAUCCCUUACCAUUGCCAAGAGCUACCCAGGAUUUUAUUAUGUUUUCCCUUCUUGAAUUGCACUACACAAGUGCUUUUUAUCCCCUAAAUAAAACAGACUACCAAAGCCUGUCCGACUUCAGCUUAUACUGUAACAUGUCAGCGGAACUUCAGGUUCUUUGCUUUGAUUAA